UGAACCCAACCAAGGAUUUAGAUUUCACAUUAUCUCCAUCCUCUGUGUCCUGUUGCAUUCAUUUCUUCAUCAAACCCCCCUGUAUCUAUCUCUGUAUCUAUCUAUAUCUUUGUAUCUAUCUGUAACACCUUCAUUCUCUAAUGGCAAACACACACUUUCUAUUACAAUCCAACUUCACUUCCAAUUCUUUACUCCAACCAACUUUCCAAUUCCACCCCCUCCCUAUCAAAUUCUCAAGAAAAUUUAGCCCCAUCAAAACUUCACCAAAUUUGAGAAUCAAAUGCUUAAUCUUCAACCGUAACUCGGUAUCCGAAAAGGGUAGUAAUCAGUUUAAACAAAAAGUUACUAAAACUGGUCUAAAUGAGCUCAUUUUGAAAUCAAUCAAGAAAGUUUUUAAGUCCUUGCAGAAGCCUGUUAUAACUGGUGUUUUAUUGGGUCUGUUGUUAUUGUAUGAUCAUCAAAAUGGUUGUGCAGCAAUGGCUGCUUCAGGUGGGAGAAUGGGUGGGAGGUCAUUUUCGUCUUCCUCGUCGUCUUCUUCGUCGAGUUCUAGGAGUUUUAGUACUAGGAGUAGAGGACCCGAGUUGUCGUUUUCUGCCCCUUAUUAUGCUCCUACACCAUUUGGGGGUGGUGGGUUUUUUGUUGGGCCUGCAGUUGGAUUUGGGUCAAGUUUUUUCUUUGUGAUGGUGGGUUUUGCUGCUUUUAUUUUGGUUUCUGGGUUUUUAUCGGACCGGUCUGAUGGUGAUGAUGGUAGUGUGCUAACUGCUACUGAGAAAACUAGUGUUUUAAAGCUUCAGGUUGGUUUGUUGGGGAUGGGUAGAUCACUACAGACGGAUCUAAAUCGGAUUGCUGAGGCAGCUAAUACAUCCACUCCAGAGGGUUUGAGCUUUGUAUUACAAGAGACAACACUCUCUCUGCUUCGACACCCUGAUUAUUGCAUUUCUGGUUAUUCCUCUGUGGAUGUAAAGAGGAGUGUAGAGGAAGGUGAGAAACGAUUUAACCAACUUUCUAUUGAAGAAAGGGGUAAAUUUGAUGAGGAAACUUUGGUCAAUGUUAACAACAUCAGAAAGCAAAGUGCAACAAGUCAGAGAUCUAAUGGGUUCCGUAAUGAGUACAUUGUGAUUACCAUCAUCGUGGCUGCUGGAGGCGUACAUAAACUGCCGCCAAUCAACAGUAGUGCACAAUUGAAGGAAGCUUUGCAAAAGCUGGCCUCUAUCCCUUCAAGCAGAAUUAUGGCAGUCGAGGUGUUAUGGACCCCACAAAAUGAAAAUGAUACUCUUUCAGAGCGAGAAUUACUUGAAGAUUAUUCGCUAUUGCGCCCAUUAUAGGUAAGUUGUAAUGAUACUUUGUACAUAUUACAUAGGCAAUGUACAACGCAGAAACCUGUAUCCCCUCACAGUUUUUCCAUAUGUGUUUUUAACUGAGAUGUAUGAUUUCAAAUGUCGCAUUGUAAUGCUUGUAACAAUUUUUGUUUUGGUAUUGGCGUGUUAUAUGUAGGAACAGGAAAGAAAUAUAAGCAUCUGUGACAAUUUUUGAUUUUGA